AUGGUUACUGCUCCUGAUAUACAUUGUAACACCCACUACUGCAGGAUGAGAGCGUUACUAUGGUUACUGCUCCUGAUAUACAUUGUCGAGAGUACGGACUAUAGAAAGUGCCACCACAUUCGGAAGCGUAAAGAACUGAGAUGUCAUGGGAAUAAUCUUGGAGCUGUGCCUGCAAAUAUACCCGCAGAUCUUGUUAAAUUAGAAAUAAAGAACGACGAUUUAAGCAGCGGGUUUGAGUUUCCAGAGUUGACGAGACUAAGAAAGCUGUGGCUGACGAACGUAAACAUAGGAAAAGAAUUUCCGAAACUCGCUUUCGCGAAACUAAAGCUCCUACAAGACUUGAGGAUAACGUAUUUGCCCAGUGCUCGGAAGAACUACACAGUGACCAUUCACCCAGAGGCUUUUCACAUGAUGAAGAAACUUUCUACAGUGAGACUGAUGAACUUGGGUAUUCCAGAACUUCCGGAAUAUAUGUUCAGAGACAGUAAGCAGCUCAGACACAUAUAUGUGAACGGGAUGCCAAUUGAGACUAUACGAAGCAAUACUUUCGCACCAUUGGAAAGAGUUCAACAGCUAAAUUUGAUGCACAACAAAAUCUCAACAAUAGAAGAAGGAACUUUUGACUGCAUGGACGCAACCUACAGAGACUCUAGAAUAUAUCUGUCAAACAAUAGACUCCGGACCAUACCAGAAGUGGACAGCAUAAGUCGUACACAAAUAAUGAUACAAGAUAACCCGAUCGUUUGCGACUGUACUCUCGUCAUACCAAGCAAUUUUAACGACAGAAAAGCUGUAUGCGAGGAACCAUCCAGCCUUAAAGAAACGUUUAUACUUGACUUGAAGGGGAAAGCAAUCCAGUGUGUGUGUCACGGUCCUGAUAUUGUACACGGAGAAGCUGACCACGACUCUUCUCUACAGCCGGGGGAAUACCUGAAGAUCAGCUGUCACACAGGGUACAGUCUGCAGGUACUGCCCAGUGUGCAGUGUCAGGAGGAUGGCACUUUCGGGGAUACUGCCCUGCCCGAGUGUAUAGAAGAUCGAGUAGAGCCGGAGGAGCUGGAGGACGGAUCACUUCUGAUAAUCAGCAAUGCUUUCUCAGUCUACCCAAACCCAAUCACUCUGAGAUGUCCUACUGACACUGUCGUGAAAAGUUGCAAGUGUGUGGAGUUUUACUGUCAAGGAGUGGUUUUAGAAGACACUUCUUGUAGAGUGUACGCUGCUCCGGGGAACGCUACUAAAGGAGAACUGAUCUGUGUCCCUACUGGCCUCUUACUGGAACAUUAUACCUACGAAUAUACUGAAAACUUCGAACAUUACGCCAAAUGCAAGCCCUACUACCAAAUGACUGCCUGCACGAAUUACAACCCAAUGACUAGAGUAGCUACUGAUCAUGGAGUUCUGGAUCAAGAUAUGAGCGGAAUAUGUAGAGUUGACUGCGGUAACAUUGACUGUGACCUCUACAUAAGAUGCUUAAUCAUUAUCGAAAAGAAGAAAUGUGACAAGUUCUCCAUCUAUAUGGGAAGUGUAACUAAAGAAGGAGUGGAAAUGACAGCCUCAACAAAGUUCGAGGAGGGAGAUGUAGUGACCAUUACGUGUGACGAGGGGUAUGAGUUUGACUUGCUGGACGAUGUGUACCUGACAUCUGAUGAGACACAAGCUACUUUAACCUGCAUCGAGGGAGAGAUCUACGAACCUCCAGAGAUUCCAAUGUGCUUCGAAAUAAUUCCUGAGUGCGAACUGACGCGAAUAGAGAACGUAGUAGCAAGUCCGGGCUGGACAGUGUUCGAGGAGCACACAAUAACACUGACUUGCGGGGAGGGGUACGAGGGGGAGGAGGUGGUUGUGGAGUGUCAGUACGGGGGCGUCUUCCAGCAGCCCCAGAUACACUGUCAGGAGAGAGUGACAGUGCAAUGUCCGAUAAGACCUAUCCCGCACACAGUGUUAACCCUACCGGACAGUAGUGUGUUGGAAGAGCGCUCAGUGCUAGAGGGCACUAUCCUCCUCGUAUCUUGUGAGGAGGGGUACGAAAUCAGCAACAACAACAACAACAACACUAACAUCACCUGCCUUGCUACUGGCAAGAUGAGCGCGGAGAUCCCUUCCUGCACUGAAGUUAUAGAGCCGGAGCUGGAGACGUGUGUAGUGCCCCUGAUCCGGCACGGAGGAGUGAACCAGCACUCCCCUAGGGACGAGAUAGAGCCCGGAACUGUUCUCACUGUCUACUGUAGCGAGGGGUACUCUCUCAGGGACCCUAGCAGCAACACUUUAGAGUGCAUCACUAAACAGUACUACCAACCAAGCAGACUUCCACGUUGCGAGAAAAGAGAAGUGAGAUGUCAGGUCCCUCAGUUGUUUAACGGGUACUACCAUCCCUUCCAGCCCGGAGAGGAGAUAUUGAAGGACGACAUCCUGUACGCAGUGUGUAACCCAGACUACAUACUGGAAGGACCUGACUUCCUGAUGUGCACUGAUGAGAGGUUUGGAGGAGAGGUGAACAGGUGCGAGAAGGAGAAGAUAGACUGUGCUAUACCUUUCAUAGCUAAUGGAGAAGUGAUGAAUUCCGGGAAGCACUUUAAAGAAGGAGACUCCUACCCGAUAGUGUGUGACCGGGGCUACUACAACACUUACACCUAUAUCAACUGUGUGGUCGGACCUUCAACAUACGACCCGUACAGCGUGCCGGACUGUUUGAGGCCGGAGUAUGGGUGUCCUAAAGUUGGUUUCCCUCUAAUGAAACCCCUGUUACAGGAGCCAGAUAGAGGCGAGAGUGUAGAAGUGGAGUGUAUAGAGGGGUAUACCUUAGUGGGAGAUAGCACACUAACCUGCGGUACCAAGUACGAUUACACUGCUAGGAAACUCCCUGAUUGCGUGCCAAUAGCUGGCUGCGAGACACCGACAAUAGAAAACGGAAGUGUGAAUUCAACCUUGGCACACACAGAGGAUGGGAUGGGGAUAGAGCUGAGUUGUAAUCCUGGUUAUGCUAUGUAUGGAGAUCCAGUUAUCACGUGUGAGAAAGGGACCUGGUCGGGCAUCAUCACUCCAGAGUGUCGCGCAAAGGAAGAAAUGGACGAUGACUGCAGAAUACCUUUCGUUAACAAUGGAAUUUUCUGGCCCCUGUCUGAUAGCGGAAUAGUAAACCCCGGUUCUACCCUGCUUCUACUUUGCAACGACGGAUUUGGAGUUGAAAACGACUUCGACCGAGUCAUGUGUGUCACAACGGCUAUAUUCGACCCGCCCAUACUACCAGAGUGUGUAGAACUGGAGAUAACAGGGUGUCCCACCCCCAACAUUCAACACGGACAAGUAGACCCGGACCUAGAUAUAGAGGUCGGGGACACAGUGUACGUGACAUGUGACCAGGGUUAUGAACUACAAGGACCGGAGGAGCUGGAAUGCGGGGCGGAUGGUAGCUACGAUGAGCUGCCUGUCUGCACUGAGACACCCACCGUGUGUCCUGCUCCAGAGAUAGACAACGCUAUUAUUUCUCCUAACCGUCCCAUCAACGAAGGUGAGAGUUACAUAGUGGUAUGUAAUUCUGGAUACGAAAGAGUUGGAGACGAGGUGUUGAGCUGCGGAACAGAUGGGGUAACGUUUGGAAUAACGAACAGAGCGCACCCGGACUGCAGCAAGAUACCUGAGCCGUGUGAGAUACCCAGUAUUAAGAACGGCUGGUUCGUGCUACCUAACCAGCUGGGAGAGACUGAGACUGUUAUCGCGUACAAAGAGGCGGGGAUUGUUAUCUGCAACCAGCCCGACUACGGUCCCGACCAGACGAGAGUGACUUGCAUCGGUAACAGUCGCUGGAGUCCUGCAAUACCUAUGUGUACUUGGGAAGGACCAACAUGCGAGUUCCCGAAUGUAGCUAACGGUGUAGUCAGCCCACAAAUGGACAUUGUUAUGCCCUGGACAACACUAACGAUUGAGUGUGACGAGGGAUUCGAGAAAAAUCCAAAAGUAGAUCUGGAGUGCAUAAACAGCGGUGAAGUUGCGUAUUUCAACAACAAGAUCCCAGUAUGCGAACAAGUAAAGAUCAAAUGUAACCGCCCAGUUAUUAAACAUGGCUACAUUAAUGGACCAGACCCGCUGGAAACAGACGACAGGUUUACAGUAGAGUGUAACGAGGGGUACGAGCUGGUGGGACCGGGGGACCUCUGGUGUGCUACAAGGACGACAUCUACUCAAGGAACCUACCUGCUUGCCAGAUAAAGGACCUUAAUGUUACCGAGUGCUUCAGACCUUUCGUACAGAACGCUAAGAUUGUGGGCUCCUCUCUUACUGGUUACUAUGUUACAGUAGUUUGUAACGAGGGAUACUCAAUAGAGGGACCCAGCCAACUUCAAUGUUUAAGCAAUGGACAAUUCGACAAGCAGGUACCCCAAUGCGUGUUUAAGCACGCUCCUAACCCUGACAUCGAGCCAAUAAGCGUGAAGGAGUGCGGACAGAGAGCCCCCAAGUUCCUCCACAGGAUCUACGGAGGGACCAGCGCCGAGCCGGGGGAGUAUCCCUGGAACGUGAUCAUCCACUUCACACGUGGGCGGUUCUGCGGAGGGUCUAUAGUCAGUAAAGACUGGGUGCUGACAGCGGGGCAUUGUCUUCUCUACACUAACUGGAAAACGUGUGAUAACCGCGUGGAGCCGGGGUGCAGACUCAUGAACCCCCGAGAUAUCAUCUCCAUAAGUGCAGGAGUAAAUAACGUGGACGUGGAGGAGGAGACCUGGCAAGUGAGGACUGGUACUGAAGUCAGGACCCACCCCUUCUUCACCUCUCAAGCAACCUACAUAGACUACGACGUGGGACUUAUAAAGGUGAACAAGGCCUUCAAGUUUAACGACGAUGUUAACCGGGUCUGCCUCCCGAGGGACGGGAUGGGGCAUUUAGUGGGCAACACAGACUUGCACGUGUCAGGGUGGGGCAAAACAAACUCCACCCCCUCUUCAGAAACCCUGCAGAAGAUAUCCGUCCCGUACGUGAGUAGGGCCCGCUGUAACUCUAACAUCUCGUACAAUGGGGUGGUCACAGAGACCAUGUUCUGCGCCGGUUAUAAGAAGGGGAAGAUAGACGCGUGUCAGGGCGACAGUGGGGGUCCGCUCGUCUAUCUGGGCUCUAACGGAACUUUUGUACAAGGCGGCAUCAUCAGCUGGGGCAGACAGUGUGCCAUGGAGAACUUUUAUGGAGUUUACACCAACCUAGCCUACUUUCACAGCUGGAUCAUGAGCUACAUUGGAGAAAACUGAUUUGUAAGUGAACUCUGUGAGACGACAGCGGGAACUAGUAGUGUAACUAUGGUAAGUAGACAGUGGACCACUUUCCUUUAAAUGGGAGAGGAUUAUUGAUUACCCGAAUUAACUGUAACCAUGGUAACCAUUAAAUAUGAUCAGAAUAUGAUCCAAUGAUGGUUUUUUUCGGAGAAGACAGAACAAAUAUGGAUUGCAAAAAUAAACACAGAAUUGUUGGUUCUUUAUCCAUCCAGCAGACAUUUAGCGAAAUGGCUUAAAUGAAGUUGGCAGAGAUAAUGACUCUUUUGAAAUCCUGCAGUGUAAACUACAGUAAGACCCUUUAAAUCUUGCCCCUUAUAAUUAUAAAGUUAUUUAACGUCUUUUUAAUGCCGCUUCAGAACCUUGUGAUUAGUUAUGGAAAGAUAUAUAAUGUGCGGAUUGAUUAAAAAUCUAUCGAAUUUGCGAGUUCAAGCUCAUUUGCUCAGCUCAGGCGCAUUUAAAUGAAUUUUGAGCGUUUUAUUAACUGAAGAAGAUUCGAUAUCUAUUAUUUUAAAACUUCUGAUAUAUGUGUUUGGAAAUGAAAUCUUAGAAUAGACUCCUUUAAAUAGAUUCUCCCUUAUAACACGGGUUAAAUGCGUUUUGAAAGGGACUGUACAAUGUUUUAAAACUGAAGAUAAGAUUAAGACUAGUAGUGUAACUAUGGUAACUAGUAGCGUUUUACUGCUCAUGCUGUAAGAGUUUUAAACAAAUAUAAAUUUUAAGAUCCCAAACUUGUUUUUUAUCGAAA